AUGCAUUUUCUUUUAUUAGUUCUUUUAUUUCUAACUAUUCCAUCGAUCUAUGGAAAUACGAAAAGUGAACCUAGUAAAACCAAUUCUGAAUCUCAUGUUCCUCCAAGUAAUGAACUUGGUUUAACAUUUGGUCAUACAGAAUCUAAGCGUGAUAAUGUUGUAAUUAUUUAUUUUGAUAUAUUAAAUUCAACAUUAAAAGAAUAUCGAUUUUAUUAUUUUAAUCUUCGUCCAUUUGGUACGUUUAGUGGUAAUGAAUAUUUACCACGACAACGUUUUCUUGAUACACAUAAUUCAUUACGUAUUAUUGGUUUACAUGAAGGUGAUUAUGUAUCAUGUCUUUCAUUUAUUGAUGAAUAUGAAACAAUAUUUAAUCCUCGUUAUGCUUGUUAUGAAUUUACAUUAGGUGAAAAAAUUGUUGGUACUCAUCAAGGAGGUAAAUCAAAUUAUUUAGCACCAUUAUUAUUUGUUGUUGCAUUUGUUUUACAUAUUUUUAUUGCUAUUAUUCAUUAUAUUAAAUCUAAAAAUUAUGCACAAAAAUUAUUACAUCGUUUUAUUGAUGUUACAUCAAAAUCCAGUAAACGAAAAGUAAAUAUUAAUCGUUCAUUAAGAGAACUUGAUAAAGAACUUGAUCAUCCACAUAUACCAGCAUCUGUUCAACGACGUUUAUCGCGUGUUACUAUUGAGGCUAGUAAUGAAAAUGAAUCAAAUCAUCGAGAAAAUUCUCUAGUUGAUGAUCCUCAAGAUGAAUUACCACUUUAUAUAUUACCUCAUCAUAGUCGAAGAGUUAGUUUAGUUACUAUGCAAGCAAUACCCGAAGAUAGAAAUACAGAUACUAUGGAUAGUGCAUUAUCCGUUCGACAUUUAAUCGAUUCAACACCAUGGAUAAGACGUGCAAGUCGAACAGUACAUUCAUCACUCACACGAAAACAUCCGUUGCAUGCAUAA